GUUCGUCAUGAUGGACUUCGAGACGGCCUGCAUAGCUGCACUGGAAGAAGUAUUUAAAGGUGUUGUCGUGAAAGGCUGUUUCUUUCAUUUCAGCCAAUGUAUAUGGAAGCAGGUUCAGAGACUUGGUCUAGUCACUGAGUAUGCUGGAAAUAAAGAAGUAAGGAAUUUCUUCAGAAAAAUGGCUGCUCUGGCUCUAGUUCCACCAACUCUGGUACCUGAGGCCUUCCUCAUUAUACAAGAAAAUCAGCCAAGUACAGGAAAAGAAGACACUUUUAUAUCCUACAUGGCAGAAACUUGGCUCGAUGAGCAAGAUGCCAAAUUUCCGAUGUAAGUACAAAAAAUGCUGUGUGCGUGAGUAUUUUUUUUAAAUCUAAAUAUUUUACUUUUAUAAUAGCUGUAGUCUAUUAAUUUGAAAAUAGUGGUGCUCCAUCUUAAAAUUGGAAUUUGAUUCGUUUCUUUGAUGCAAAUUUGAAGUCGUUUCUUAGAUUUUUUCUCCUUUUCUUUGAUGUCAUUUCUUUUAGUUGAAACAUAUUUUAUAAGUACAUAGUAAUGCCAGCCUAUUUUUGUAAUAAUUAGUUUCAUAUCUAAUCAUGUGUUAGCGGAAUUAAGAAAAAAAAAUACUGUUCCUUUAUUAUUUUUUUAAAAGCGAAAAAUGGACUGACCAAUAAGCGGACAUAAUUUAAACCAACCCUCACCAAUUAAAAAAUCAUCAUCAAAAUUUGUACACCUAGUGUUAAGAUGAUAAUGUAUAAGAAAUUCGUAAAUAAAAU